AUGUCGGAAUCAGAUCUUCUCCAGUCCGCGGUUCGCGUGCCCACGCCUCCCCCAGGCGUGUCUUACUCGCCAGCCGCAGCUUCUCGGAAGCGCUCCCCUCCGUCUCGUUCUCCCUCUCCGAAUCGUCGACGAUCGCCACCCGGUGAUUCGACCAGGGAUGGCACCGACGUGCCCAAACUCGACGCGGAUCGUGCCCUCGACAGAGAGCGCCAGCUCGCUGAGCGCGUUCGCGAACAUGAAAAGCGCGAAGCAGCACGAAAGCCCUUGAGCGAGGAGGAAAAGCAGGCCUCGGCAAAGGCAGAAUAUGAAAAGUUACUCAACAUGCGAUCGGGUGGUACUUAUAUCCCCCCAGCUCGACUCCGCGCGCUACAGGCGCAAAUCACGGAUAAGACGAGCAAGGAAUACCAGCGCAUGGCAUGGGAGGCAUUGAAGAAAUCGAUCAAUGGUCUGAUCAACAAGGUCAACGUUUCAAACAUCAAGUUUAUUGUGCCGGAACUUUUUGGUGAGAAUUUGGUUCGGGGCCGUGGCUUGUUCUGUCGAUCUAUCAUGAAGGCGCAGGCGGCCAGUUUGCCCUUUACCCCAAUUUACGCGGCAAUGGCAUCAAUUGUGAACACCAAGUUGCCCCAGGUUGGAGACUUACUGCUUUCACGGUUGAUCGUUCAAUUCCGCAAGGCUUUCAAGCGAAAUGACAAGGCAGUGUGCAUUUCAUCCACGACAUUCAUCGCCCACCUCUGCAACCAGCAAGUCGCCCACGAGAUGUUGGCAGCUCAGGUUUUGUUGCUACUCCUGCAUAAGCCAACAGACGACAGUGUGGAGAUUGCUGUGGGACUGACCCGAGAAGUUGGUCAACAUUUGGAGGAAAUGAACGCCCCGAUCGCACUCGCCGUAUUUGACCAAUUCCGUAACAUUUUACACGAGGCCGACAUCGAUAAGCGUGUGCAAUACAUGAUUGAGGUGCUCUUCCAAGUGCGCAAGGACCGGUACAAGGACAACCCAGCGAUCAAGGAGGAGUUGGAUCUCGUGGAGGAGGAAGACCAGAUUACCCACCGUGCCAGCCUAGACGACGAGCUGGAAACGCAAGACACUCUUAACAUCUUCAAGUUCGAUACUGAGUGGGAGGAGCACGAGGAGGCCUACAAGAAAUUGAAGGCCGAGAUCUUGGGCGAAGACAGUGACGAGGAUGACGAGGAUAGGUCAGAUGAAAGCGAGGAGGAAGAAUCAGACGCCGAAGAACAACAGAUGGACAUCAAGGACCAGAGUAACACUAACCUGGUUAAUCUUCGACGAACCAUCUAUCUUACGAUCAUGUCCAGUAUUGAUUUCGAAGAAUGCUGUCACAAGCUGAUGAAGAUCAACCUGCCGGCCGGGUUGGAGCCUGAGCUGCCAUCUAUGAUCAUUGAAUGUUGCUCUCAGGAGCGGACAUACUCCAAAUUCUAUGGUCUGAUUGGAGAGCGAUUCGCCAAGAUCAACCGACUGUGGUCAGACUUGUUCGAGGCUGCCUUUGCCAAAUACUAUGAUACCAUCCAUCGUUAUGAAACAAACCGCCUCCGCAACAUCGCACAAUUCUUUGGCCACCUGAUCAGCAACGAUGCUAUUGGUUGGCAUGUCUUGUCGGUGAUUCACCUCAAUGAAGAGGAGACCACAUCCAGCAGCCGUAUCUUCGUCAAAAUUCUCUUCCAAAACCUGGCAGAGAACCUCGGUCUGCCUGGACUACAGGCACGCUUCAGAGAUGAGAUUCUCCGACCAAGCUUCGAGGGUCUCUUCCCUACAGAGAAUCCUCGUCACACCCGUUUCUCGGUCAACUACUUCACCAGUAUCGGCAUGGGUGUGUUGACAGAGGACAUGCGCGAACACCUCAAAAAUAUCCCGCGGCCCACCGUACCAGCACUGCCUGAUCUCCACACUCCCGCCGCUCCCGGUCAUAUUCAUACUCCCGCUCUCCUUCCAGGGACCGUGGUCGUUCCUACUCUCGCUCUAUUACCCCAUCUUCCCGCGGCCGAAGCUACACACCUUCCCGCUCUCGGUCCGCCGGCCGCCGUCGUGGCGCAUCAUACAGUCGGUCCCGGACUCCGUCAGAUCGUUCCCGAUCCCGGUCUGUCUCUCGCACACCGGCCAAGCGCAGCCGAGCGCGUUCAUACUCGCGAAGCCCCAGUCGCAGUCGCAGCCGCAGUCGCAGCCCAUACCGGUCUCGUCGCUCUGUCACCCGGUCUGUCACACCGGCAGACAAGAGCCGUCCCAAGAGGAACCGCAGCUACACCAGAUCAAUCUCCCGAUCUGUCACACCCCCACGUCGCGGCCAAAGUCCUGGCAGAAGAAACCGAAGCUAUACGCGGUCAGUUUCUCGAUCUGCAUCGCCUCCUCGUCGCAGACGCGACGCUUCAGCUUCUCGUUCCCCUGCUCCUAAACGCCGGGCAGAGUCACGGGGUCGGAGCUACUCUCGGACACCACCUCGCCGUAGAUAAGCCGGCGGUGGUGAUGUGA